GAGACACACACACAGAGCCUUGGUGUUCUAGUGAGCUGCUUAUGUGCUUUACUUUCCUCGCAUCCCCGUCAAAUUAAGAAACCUGAUGAGAAAGGUGGAGAGGAAAAAAGACAGAAGGAAAGAAAGGCAAAAGCCGAGAAUAUUUUGAACUGUUGGCAUAAAGAAGCUCGCUUAAUUUUCCCAUCUCAUUUUCCGUCUUGUCCCAAUCAACGUAGAGAGAGAGAGAGAGAGAGAGAGAGAGAGAGAGAGAGAGAGAGAGAGAGUUUCCAUUGGAAUAGUUUCUUUAUCAUUCCCUGCAUAUAUAUGUAUAUAUAUUGAGAAAAUUAAGAUGUCUAAAGCGUCAGUACUUUCAGUAGUAGCUGGUAUAAUGCUCCUGGUCGUCCUUGCACUGGAUGCAGCGGCGACUUAUUCUGGCCUUCAAGCCAACAAAGUUCAAGGGAAGGCAAGGCAUUUUGGCAUAUUUGGGAUUAAAUGUGAAAUGGAACCAAGCCGAGAAGCAUAUACAAAGGGACUACGCGCAGCACAACUUGUGGCUGCAGCCCAUGUGGUUGCGGCGGUGAUGGCUACCGUCUGCGCCUUCAGAUGUUCUCUUGAUGCGUGUCAACGAAUUUGCUCCAGGCUCAUGGUGGCCGGCAGCUUCGCUCUCUCUUGCUUGGCAUGGUUGUGCGGAAUGUGCCUACUGGUGCAAGGAGCAAAUCGCAACAGAGGCCCGUCGAAAGUGAAGUGUGGGUUUGAUUUGUUAACAAACAAUUAUCUGUACUGGGGAUCCAUCUCUUGCCCCGCUCAUGCCCUCUUCACCACUCUGUUUUACUGUUUUGCCGGCUGCGUCCCUGUCGAUCCUCCUCCCUCUGCUUCUUACAUGAUCCCGUGGGGCCAUCCCUAUCCCGGCUAUGCCCUAGCUUAAAGGCACUAAUGCUAUCUACCAAAACAAAUGGAUUGUGGCAACGUUACUGUACAUCUUUUUUAUGACUAUCUUCAAUUAUCUCAUAUGCACAGCUAUUGGAUGUCUUAUCCACUCCUAAAUCCCCCAAAUCCCACAAUUUCUUUGUUUGAAGGAUCUCUCGAUCAACGUGCAAGAUUCAUUGAAGCACAUGGAAUUUGAUGUACCCUUGCAUACAGAAUUUGGUAUAUUGUCCUGAAGUAAUUUGAUGUACUGACACCGAAUUUGGUGUAAUUGUCAUGAAUUAAUAUGUAUGGCCACGCCACUACAGAUUAA